AUGGACAUCAUCAUCAACUCGCUCUACUCCAACAAGGACGUCUUUUUGCGGGAGCUCAUCUCGAAUGCUUCCGAUGCGCUCGACAAGAUCCGCUUCCUCGCCUUGUCUAACUCUAAGCUUCUCGGUGAGGGCGAUCAGGCUAAGCUUGAAAUUCGCGUGCGCGCAAACAAGGAGGCCGGGACGCUGGAGAUCAGGGAUACUGGUCUUGGUAUGACGAGGGAAGAUCUCAUAAAGAAUUUGGGUACCAUUGCGAAGAGUGGCACUAAUGCAUUCUUGAAGAAGGCUGCAGAAGCGAAAGACACCUCAAACCUCAUUGGACAGUUUGGCGUAGGGUUUUAUUCCGCCUACCUUGUCGCAGAUAAAGUUACAGUGACGUCGAAGCACAAUGACGAUAAGCAGUACGUUUGGGAAUCCGGCGCAGAGCAAACUUUCACCAUUUUCGAGGAUACAGACGGCGAGCAGCUUGGUCGCGGUACCCGCUUGACCCUUCACAUGAAGGAUGAUGGCGAAGAUUAUUUGGAUGAGAAAAAGCUGGAGAACCUCAUCAAGAAAUACUCUCAGUUCAUCGAUUUCCCGAUCUAUCUCGAGACAACUGAGGAAGUGGAAGUUGAAGUGAAGGACGACGACGCGAAAGAAUCUGAAACUGAUGAUGAAACUGAAGCUGACCCAAAGAAAGAGACUGAGGUAGAAUCUGAGGUAGAAUCUGAGGAUGAAAAGUCUGGUGAAGAAACUGAUGACGAUGACAUCAAGGUCGAAGACGGAGACGCGAAGGAUGCCCGAGAUGAGCCGAAGAAAACAACUGAAACCCAGAAGGUCUGGACGCGCCUUAACGAGAACAAGCCGAUCUGGACCCGCGAUCCCAACGAGAUUACAAAGGAAGAGUACGAUGCGUUCUACGAGACCGUUGGGAAAAUGCCAGGUGCCCCACUAGCCCACACGCACUUCAAAGGAGAGGGAGAUGUUGAGUUUAAAAGUAUUUUGUACAUUCCGAGCAAGCCGCCUCUCGAAUUGUACAGUGGUGAACAGCAGGAGGAGAAAGAUGCCAUCAAGCUGUACGUUCGCCGGGUGCUGGUGACUGACAAUUUUGAGAACGCAUUAUUGCCGCGGUAUCUUGCUUUCAUCGUUGGCAUUGUCGACAGCGAUGACAUCCCGAUCAACGUUUCUCGUGAAAUGCUCCAAGAAAGUAAGAUUAUGAACGUCAUCAAGCGCAAAUUGGUCCGGAAAGCUCUGGAAAUGAUCAAGGGGAUCAUGAAGAAGGAUGAUGAGGAGCCCGAGGCAGAAGAAGAAUCAGACGAGUCGAGUGAUGAAAAGACGAACGAGAAGAAGGCCAAGCCCUACAUCCAAUUUUGGAAUAAGUUUGGUAAGAGCAUUAAGCUCGGUGUCAUUGAAGAUAGCGCAAACAGAGCUCGACUUGCGAAGCUCCUCCGCUUCCGCACUUCGAAAACUGACAACAAAGACCCCAAUGAUUGGGCAUCUCUCGAUCAAUACAUGGAGCGCAUGAAGGAAGAUCAAGAUCAGAUCUAUUAUCACUCUGGUGCAGAUCUCGAAUCCGUCAAGGAUAGUCCAUUCCUCGAGAAACUGAUCAAAAAAGGGUAUGAGGUUCUCUAUUUGACACAGGCCAUUGACGAGCACAUGAUCACGCAGUUGCUUGACUACGAAGGCACGAAGUUCAUGUCAAUUUCGAAAGACAACUUCAAAUUUGGUGAGAAAGAUCAAAAAGAAGAGAAGGAGAAGAACAAGGCUCUGAAGAAAAUGUACAAGCCGCUGACGAAAUUCCUGAAGAAGAAGUUGGGAGACAAGGUCUCCAAGGUGAGACUAUCAAACCGGCUCAGUGAUACAGUGUGUGUGUUGGCAUCGGACCAGUACGGUUAUUCGGCGAGAAUGGAAAUAAUUAUGAGGGCGCAAGCAUUCGCGGACCCCGACAGUUUCGGAUACAUGACGCCAAAGAGUAAGAUUAUGGAGCUUAAUGCACACCAUCCGAUCACAAAAGAGAUGCUACGCCUUGUAGAAAGCGGAGAGGACGAUGAAAGGGCAGCCGAGCUUGGGCAUCUUGUGUACGACACUGCGCUAGUUGCAUCCGGAUAUUUAAUGCGGGACAGUGACUACAAGAGCUACGCAGACAGAAUGUACAAGUGGAUUGGUGAGAGUGUUGGCGUGGAUCCGAGUGCGCCUAUAGUGGAAGAGUACCCCGAGGAGGAGAAGGCUGACUCAGAGGAGGAGAAGGCUGACUCAGAGGAGGAGAAGUCUGAUGGUGACGCAAAUUUGAAGGAGGCAUCUAGUAGUAGCGCAGACCCUGCUUCUGAAGACCACAGUGAGGAUUCUUCUGAAGACCAUGAUGAGUUGUAGUACCGUAGUCGAACAAGAGUGGAGGAUGAGGUAUUUAUGGCUACGGUUUCCGUCUUUUAAGUCGGAGAGGAGAUUAGCGGAUGUGAGUUAAAACCGAGCUACUACUCGUAGAGAGCGCAGAGGAAGAGAUUGCUCGAUUCACGUCAUGAGGCACUGAACAUAAACUUUUCGAGGUCCUAAGUUGUUGAGACGCAGGCGUGCCG